AUGCCUCCACGUCAACAUCUGUCCACCGAUGUCACACGCCCAAGUAUCUGCAAGCAACUCUCCACACUCAUCGCUAUUUCCACCGCUAAUGUCCACCGUCUUGAUGCAAUUAUCACGCAAAUGGCCACCGUCAACACCCUCAUCGGCCUUCAAACAGGAACGAUGGCCAAACUGAUCCCACCUCCACCUGCACUUCCACCACCGAAUCAACAACCAAGGCCGCCGUUGACAUCACUAGCACCGAGGAAAAAACGGAAGGGUAAGGGUAUAAGGGGAAGGGUUUUUGUUGACCGUAUCCGUGAGGAGAUAAAGGAUGAGUUUCGGGCAGAACGUGAUGAAAUUGAGGGCCAAAAACAAGAAAUUACCAAGAUUUAUAAUGACAUCCUAAAACUCACCGAAGGAAGUAACCUACCCAACUAAUUAGACCUUGACACUUGAUUUUUGUGAUUUGGUUUCGAUACUUUGAAAUCAGCUUAGAUUUUGUGACUUGGUUUCGAUACUUUGAAAUCGAUUUAGAAUGACACUUGAUUUUUGUGAUGUUUUUUGAUUUUUUGAAAUCGAAUAUGAAUCUUUAUUAU